AUGGCUCCAAUCGUAUGUAUCGUCAAGAUGAAAAUGAAUGUCAACCAGUGAUACAAUGCUCACGCGCAAGCGUAGCAAACCUAACUCCCCACAGGCACCAUCAAAAAAGUGGGAAUAUUUUUAAUCCAGUACAGAGAACGAAAAUAUUGAUGACCACCCACCCUGGUGUUAAAUACAAAGCUUUGCUGUCGAAAGAGUGUGUUCACUGAGCUUGAAAAACAUUCUUUUCACAUAGUGCAGUAGGCCCAAAACCUGAUAUUAACAAACUUCCCCCCCUCCUUUCUUUUUCUUUUUCUAGACCACUAAGAAAUCCAAGCAAGCUAAGAAGUUCACCGUUGACACCUCGGCACCAGUUGAGAAUGGUGUUUUCGACCAAGAGGGAUACGUCAAGUACUUGGUUGAGCACAUCAAGGUCGACAACAUUGUUGGAAACUUGGGCGAUGAAAUCACGGUUGUUGCUGAAGGCUCUAAAGUUGUUGUUGUCUCCAACACCAAAUUCAGUGGAAAAUACUUGAAGUACUUGACAAAGAGAUACUUGAAAAAGAACCAGAUCCGUGACUGGAUCAGAUUUGUUGCUGUUAAACAGAACCAGUACAGAUUGCAAUUCUACUCUGUCGAAGAGGAUGAAGAGGAAGAGUAA